CCACUGCACGCGCGCGCUGCCUUCUAUUUCCCCAGUCUCUCUUUCUACUUUAUUGUGCAUAUAUAGCGCGUUUCCUCUGCAGCAGACUACUGUGCAAGGCUCGGCGCAACAAGUUUGCUCGAGCCCCCCACGACGCGCCCGUCAGACAGGUUGACUUUGCUUUUGGCUGGAGCGGAGUAGAGCGCCUCUCUUUUUGGUCGCUGUCACCACAAAGUCACACUGCACGUGAACGCGGCGUCGCAGAACCUCUCUCACACACUCUCUCUCACACACACACACACACACACUUUCUCGCAGAACAGUGUGCCAUAAAUUCGCGACUCCGCGCCAGAUGCAGUUCGCUCCCAGCGGCGCGUGUAGUUGUAGUUAAAUGGAGAUCGCGGAGGCAAGAGGAGCAUCUUCGUGCGUGGAGAAAAUGGAGAAAGAAGUGGCGCCUCAGAAGCGACAAUAUCACCGCGCAACAGUGCUGAACAUAUUCUCAUCUUUAUUUUCGGUGGCGUCCAUCGCCUUCUGCGUUCUUCUGACCAUUAACUCAGCUGAUAUCAAGAACCGGGUUUUGGAUUUGGAGAGUGGGAAUGGCGAGCACACCUUCAUCCGUGCCCCGGGUUACUCCAUGGAUGAUUUUAAUUCACUCAUUGAACAAAGAGUGGACCAGCUGCUCUCUCAGCGCUCCUAUGAAAAUUUUGUCAAGAUUCGGACUGCCAGACAAGCAGCAGCUGAAUGCAACUGCCCCCCAGGACCUCCAGGAAAGCGUGGAAGAAGAGGUCGCGAUGGAGAACCUGGACCUCCUGGCACUCCAGGUCCAAAGGGUGAAAAGGGGGAUCAAGGUGACCAGGGACCACGGAUGGUCUUCCCUAAGAUCAAUCAUGGCUUUCUUUCCGCUGACCAGCAGCUCAUAAAGCGGCGGCUCAUUAAGGGAGAUCAAGGGCAAGCAGGACCACCUGGGCCUCCAGGGCCACCGGGCCCUCCUGGGCCAAGGGGGCCUCCAGGGGACACGGGAAAAGACGGGCCUAGAGGUGUACCUGGUCUACCAGGUGAUCCAGGGCAGCCCGGAGAUACAGGACCCAUGGGACCUGAGGGGCCAGAAGGGCAAAAGGGUUCACUCGGGCCUCCUGGCAACCCUGGUGUUGAUGGACUAAAGGGGGAUGUUGGCAUCCCAGGAUUUGACGGUGUUCCCGGAGCCAAGGGGGAAUUGGGCGAGCGAGGUGAAAAGGGCGAUAUGGGUGAAGAUGGGCCGAAAGGUGAUUUGGGAGAGAAGGGAGAUGCUGGCUCCUCUGCUGCAGGCAUCAAGGGUGAACCAGGGGAGGCUGGACGAAGUGGAUAUAAGGGAGAGCCAGGACUUCCAGGGCUGCCUGGACUCCCAGGGAUAAAGGGCGAGCCGGGAUUCCUCGGCCCUCAGGGAGAACCAGGCCUUCCGGGACUCCCAGGAACAAAGGGGGAGAGAGGUGACCACGGGCCACCAGGAAAAGGGGAACGAGGAGACAUUGGACCUUUUGGACCAAAGGGUUCACAGGGAGAGUCUGGCACACCUGGUCCUAAAGGGUCAAAGGGGGAGACAGGAGAUAGAGGUGACUUGGGAUCUAUUGGCCCAAAGGGCCCUCCAGGACAGAAAGGAGAGCAAGGAGCCACAGAAAUCAUCGACUACAAUGGAAACAUUCAGGAGGCUUUACAGAAGAUUACCACUAUUACAGUGACGGGACCUCCUGGGCCUCCUGGGCCAAUCGGGCCACAUGGUUUUAAGGGAGAUCGUGGUAUGCCUGGUCUCCCUGGACUGGAUGGUGAAAGAGGCUACAAGGGUUCAAAAGGAGACAUGGGAAUGCCUGGAGCUUCAGGGGAUAAAGGAGGAACUGGUUUACCCGGCCUCCCAGGUGUCAAUGGGAUGAAAGGGGACAAAGGAGAUUCAGGUCUGACUGGUCCUCAAGGUGCUUCAAUCAGCGGUCCUCCAGGGCCACCCGGGCCACACGGACCCCCUGGACCAAUGGGACCCCAUGGUUUCCCUGGAGCGAAGGGGGAAUCUGGUUUGCAUGGUAUGAAGGGUAUUCGAGGGGAAUCAGGUCACAAAGGGGACCGCGGACCACUUGGUCUCCCUGGAGCCUCUGGCUUGGACGGCAAGCCCGGAAUUAGGGGCAUGGAUGGGCCUUCGGGUCCAGCUGGUCCUGCUGGGCCGAAAGGCGACAUUGGUGAGAAAGGAGCACAAGGCGAGCCAGGACCAAGGGGACCUUACGGACUUCCUGGAGCGGCUGGAACACCCGGCUUGGAUGGUUUCCGGGGAUUUAAGGGUGAAAAGGGGGAACCAGGGCAGCCAGGUCUGGAUGGGCUGGAUGCCCCAUGCCAAUUGGGUCCGGAUGGAUUACCGAUGCCUGGGUGCUGGCAGAAGUGAUCACUCUAACCUGACACGCAUGGAGUUUGUAAAUAAUGCUUCUUUUUUGGUAUUUAUAGUUUUUUUAAUGGAACAAAAAAAGAAAAGUUCAAAAGAAAAGAAGUCUAUGUGUACAAUGAAACAAAAAGAGAUAACUGUCCCUAAGCUGCUUCUACUCACAUCACCGUGUGGAGAAAAAAAACAAAAAAAAAAACCCAUCUGUGUGUGUGUGUCCGCUCUCUCACAUCCACAUCGCGGUGGAAGUCGAUCCCUGGCUGGCAGCAGAACUUGUCUCUGUAGUCUUUGCAUGGCUAAGACCGGAGCGUGGCAGUCCGGCCAGAUUCACAGGGGAGGGGGAGCGAGGAGACGGAGGAGGAGGAGGAAGUGGAGGAGGAGAAUCUGGACUGGCUCUCUAACACCAAACACUAGAUGUUUUGUGUUGUUUCGUCUCAACAAGCUCACCGUCCAUUCACGCAGCACCAUUUUCUAAAAAAAUAGAAAAAAAGACUGCCAAACAGAAAUAUUGCACCCCCGACCCCUGCAAAAGCAUGAGUAGUAUACUGAAACUAUGUUUAUAUGUAUUGUACAUACGUGUCACUGUUUUGUGGUUGCGUCAUGGCUUCUGCAGAAAAAACAACAACAACAACACUAAUACAAAAAGAAAAAAAACCAUCCUGGAUCUUUAAAUCAGUCAUUUCUUUGCUUUAUCUUCUCAAGGGAGUCACGCCAUGGCUGGUAGCCUGAAAACCCCGAGAAAAAAGUAAAGUUGUUGUUGCUUUAUUGUGGUGAUGCCUGCAGAGGGUUGUGAUAUCAGCAGGUUUUCACUGAUGUGGCUCUGCACCAGCAUCAAUGUGGUGCCUCCACAUGUCACCGGACCAGAGGGGAGGACUUAGCGGGGCUCACUGCACUGAUAGGAAAGUUAAUCAGGCUCAGGACCCCCUCUGAGAAAACGGACCGGGGGUGGAUCCAAAGGAGAGUCGCUGAGAGUCGACCUCUGUGGAGGUCAGCCGGAGCGUCUGCCUCUCCUUUACAGGGGAUGCUUCGAUGUCUACUGAGAGCGUAAACAGAAUACAAUCAUGCCUUUUUUUCUUUAUUUUUUCUUUUGUUUUUGCUCUCAUUCUUUAACAUCAUUUGUAUUUUGUGUAUAAUAGCCUUUGGUGCCUCAAGCUUUUAUUCAUUCCUUUAUCAGAAAUGUACAACUUUAUAUCACAUUUGGAGUCAUUGGAAUAUGUUUAUUUCCGAGGGGUUAAGCUUUGUUUGGGUGAAAACGUGUUCAUGAGUCACACAUUGUGUACUGUGCUUCAUGUGAAUUGUUUUGACAGAACUCUUUGAAUAGUAUGCUGUAGAUAACCUGCCCAGGGUUCUGAAGAAGCUCUUGGUUCAUGCUCAAACACACCCAGCAUUGUAACAAAAGUGCCACGUGUUCAUUCUGGACUUGUUUUAUGGGAUGUUCUCUGGGCAGUGUUGUCAACUCACUGCAUGGACACAAUUUACGACUUUUUUGGUUUCUCAGAUAUUGCAGAUGAGCGUUCAUUUUGAGCAGAUUGAGAUUUAGUUGGGCGUACAGUAGCUGGUACUUCAGGUGGGUCAAAAUGAGGCAAAUAAUGUGGAACAGCAGUUACAUUUUCACUGCUCCUUUUCACCUUGUGCAUUGUCUCAAACACAUGGCAAACAUGUAUUUCAUUGCAAGAAAAAGCUCGAUUCAAUUGACACAGAUAAUCGAUUACCACAGUCGAACUCGUGGCCAGUUUUGUCACAUUCCAUAUCAGAUGAAGCCAAAAGUGCAGCAGAAGGUCAGGACACAUUUUUUUUUUUCACCAUAUUUUACACGUCUCAUCAUGUUUUCUUACAUAUUCUAAUUGCCUUCUGACAUAGUGGGCGCUGUGCGUGGUGAUGCUCACAGUCCUUUUUUUUUUUUUUUUCUUCUUCAGCAUAUACAAAUAUGCUUGAAUGAUUUACUGUAAGGGCAGAGUGAGAUGUGAUGUAGCAGCACCCACCGGUGGAUUCAAGAGCAUUUAUUUCCCAUGCUGUUUCUGUUUGAUUGUACAGCUCAUCAUUGUUUGAAAACGGACAUCUGUACAGAUUACGUUGGUGCUAUCUGAUAGUACAGCUCAGUCGAUAUGCUCUACCGUUGGCAAGAAGUACACAACAGGUUUCUUAAUCGUCAUUGGUGUUUAUGUAUGUAACAAGCUCAAGUUUUUUUUUGUGCAUAUAUUUGUGUAUUUGUCUCUAUUUGAAGUUGUACAUUAUUUAUUUUUCUAUCAUUUUCUUAAAUGAAGGCAUUGUAGUUCUAAACAGCAUUCCUUUCGGUUGUUUUGCUGUCAGUUUCUGCUGCGUCUCUGUUUCUAUAAUGAGAAGCUGCUUCAUACUAAGGUGUCACACAACAGGUACAUUGCAGAGGAAGGAGUUUAUUAACGGAUAAGUUAGUGUGUAUUCAUGGUGCAUUUAUUUCAGCGUAUAGGCCUUACAAUAGAAACUUUUAUUUAAUUUUUACGUGUCUAACUAUGGCAACAAAGUACUGAUGCAAGUGUGUCAAGUUAAACAUCACAGCUCUUUCUCACAUCUCUCUCUUUGCAUUGAAUGUAGUUUGAUAUAUGUAUAGUGGAUUACAAUGUACUGUUUAAAUGUAUGCUCAUUUGACAAGAAGUGCAAUUUAUACUUUGGUUCAUGUGUGUAGCAUCAAAUGCAGCUGAAAUAUCACACCACUGUGAUUUGCUCGGUCAUGCUACCCUGUAUACCACUACCUGGAAAGAAAGACAAAGACGCGCAUGUAAACAUGGACCUUUCAUGAAAUAGCAAUUUGUGAUUGGUUUAACUAUUUCCUCAAAUAAUGUCCCUUCAAUCAUGGUGUAAGACUUUAUUUCCAUUGUGUUUUAUUUACUAAAUUGUUGCAUUAAGGUUUUUUUAUUUGAGUUUUGAUUUCCAGCCUUUGUUACAGUAUUUGUUUCCACAAGUUGCUGUAUCUUUAGCAUGUGCAGCUAAUUUUUCUUAAUUGACUUUUUAAAUUGGAUUUCUUUGUUUGUGUGAAAAUGUGUUUUCCAUGUUAAAGAUUCAAAAUAUGUUUAUUCUGCUUUUUGCAGAUGUGCCAAAACAUUUGAAACAGGUGUUUCCAUAUCAGUAUUUGUUUCCAUGUCAGUAUUAGCAGAGCUCACGAGGGGCUCCAACAUGACUCACCGAUUGGUCACAUCUGUGUAUUUGUCAUUGCUGCAGAUAUGCUCAGAGUCAAGUUUUUCAACAGUAGAAUACAGUACCACUUGAGCAACACAUCACUCAUCAAAACCUCCCAGAUUGCAGCCUCAGUUAAAGAGGAAUAUUAUCACAUAGAGUAACAUGCAGUCUUGGUAGAGCAUUUAAAAAAAAAAAGGCAGCAUCCACGUUGUUUUUUUAAAAAGUGGAAACUGAGAUUUGGGGUUAUGGAAUAUGUAAAUGUUCCUUUCAACUUUAGUAUUAUCAUCUUCUACCAGAGUGAUUGUCAUUUCUUUAUUAUAGACCCUUUUGUUAACACAUCUAUGUUUCAAAAUGACAUUUCAUAUGACUGUACUGUUGGAGCCAAAUAAAUGCAGUCUUUCAAAUAC